CUGAGAAACUGGCAAAGGUCCUCCGUGCUGCUGCAUUUGCAGGCUCGGCCAGUGAAAAGAGAGCAACUCCCACAACUGGUCUGCUCAGUCUGCUGCUGGAGGGGGGGCUCUGUGAGACACAUGCACACGCACGCACACACACACACACACACACACGCACACACAGAGCCUCUGCUGCAUCAGGAGGCAGAAGAGGAGAGUGUACUGGAGGAGGAGUAGGGCACAGAGGGACACACAGACUAGGAAUACUCCAGUGGACAGAGAGGGACAGGACUCUAAGGAGACGUGUGUGUGCUAAUAUGCUGCCAUGCUCCAAAGUGGAAACUGAGCAUCAGGGAGUUUGACAGUGUCUCAGUGCAUCUCCUCCAUGUUAACUGUGCAGAUUAUGUGGAGGAGCUGACGUGUGUGAUGGCCGGAUUGGACCUGCAGGUUCCCAUACACACAGAUUUGUGUUACCAUUACCUUCCAACCAAGCGGCCCAGCCCAAAGAACUGACCGCACUGCACCGCCCCCCCCUCCCCCUCCCUUUCCCUUUCCCUGGGCGUCCCUCAAUCCUGGACCCACCAUGGGAGGAUGCUUCUCCAAACCCAAACCAGUUGACGUCAAAGUGGAACUCUCUCUCCUGGAUAAAGAAAAAGAGGUGGACGGGCUGUCACCGAACGGUAAAGCGAGUCCCUUUGCGGACUGCAGACUUAACGGAGCACUGGGACAUGGCUCUGAUGACGACUCCACCCCACUUCCCCCCUACCACAAACCGCGGGACUACGUGGAGGCCUCAGUCUGUCACGUUAAAGACCUGGAAAAUGGACAGAUGCGCGAGGUUGACUUGGGAAGUGGCCGAGCUCUGUUGAUCAAAGAACACGGCGAGUUCUCAGCCAUGGGCCACAAGUGUCCACACUAUGGAGCCCCCCUGGUCAAAGGUGUGUUGUCAAAGGGACACGUGCGCUGUCCGUGGCACGGUGCGUGUUUCAACAUUGCGACAGGAGACCUUGAGGACUUUCCAGGACUGGACAGUCUGCCGGUCUUCCAGGUCAGAGUUGAAAGGGACAAGGUGAUCAUCCGCGCAAACAAGCAGGCUCUUCAGUCACAGAAGAGGUCAAAGCCCAUGUCUCGAUGUUCGGCAGUCAUUAACUCCAGCACUGGCUUCAGCCAUGUUAUCCUCAUUGGCUCAGGUCCGGCAGCUCUGGUGUGUGCAGAGACACUCAGGCAAGAGGGCUUCACCGAUCGUAUAGUCAUGUGCACCAUGGACAGACAUCCUCCAUAUGACAGGACUAAACUGAGUAAGUCCCUAGACACCACAGCAGAGCAGCUGAGACUGCGCUCCAUGGAGUUUCUGCAGGACCAUGACAUUGAACUGCUCACAGAGAAAGAGGCCGUGGCAAUAGAUGUGAAAACGCGAUCUGUGACAUUUGAAGACGGCCUCAGGAUGGAGUACAGGAAACUUUUCAUUGCUACAGGAAGCAAACCCAGACCAAUGAGCUUCAAGGGCAAAGACGUCAGCAACGUGUUUCAUCUGCGGACGCCUGAGGACGCUAACAGCAUAGCCAGGCUGGCCAACAUCAAGAACGCUGUGAUUGUGGGAACAUCAUUUGUUGGUAUGGAGGUGGCUGCAGCUCUAACUGACAAGGCCCACUCAGUCUCUGUCAUCGGGAUCGAGUCGGUCCCCUUCAAAAAAGCUCUCGGGGAGAAAGUGGGGAAAGCCAUAAUGAAGCUGUUUGAAGCAAACGGGGUGAAGUUCUACAUGUUGAACGAGGUGUCAGAGAUGAUCGGCCAUCAUGGACAGCUGAAAGAGGUGGUACUCAAUAGUGGGAAAGUCCUACGGGCCGACGUGUGCGUCAUCGGUGCAGGAAGUGUCCCUGCAACAGGCUUCCUGAAACAGAGUGGCCUCCACAUGGACUCCAAGGGCUUCAUCACCGUCAACAAAACGAUGCAGACAAAUGUUGACGGAGUCUUUGCUGGAGGAGACGUGGUGGUGUUUCCUUUCCCGCCGCGCAACAACAAGAAGGUGAACAUCCCCCACUGGCAAAUGGCUCAUGUACACGGAAGGGCGGCGGCUCUCAGCAUGAUGGGCCGAGCCUCUGAGAUGAAAACUGUGCCUUAUUUCUGGUCUGCCAUGUUUGGGAAGACCAUUCGCUAUGCAGGGUACGGGGAUGGAUUUGAUGAUGUCGUUAUACAAGGAGAUCUGGAUGAACUUAGAUUUGUAGCAUUUUAUACCAGGAGUGAGGAGGUGGUCGCGGUCGCCAGUAUGAACUAUGAUCCCAUUGUGUCCAGGGUGGCCGAGGUCUUAGGAUCUGGAAAGACGAUUAAGAAACGAGAUGUGGAGAUGCUAGCACGACUCGGCAAGACUGGAGACAUUUCUUGGUUGAUUGACAAAGGCUCUCAAUGACUUUACACCUGAAUGUCCCCAAAGGACAAACCCCAUGUCCGGUGGACACCUCACUAUGGACACUAAUGGUGCUGAGACACUAAGCAGCUAUUCUUCUUUUUUGGACACAACUACACACUUUCCCUUAUUUCUAUCACUCUUUCUCUCUCUCACACACACAUUGGGGACAGGACCAUGUCUGCCGUAGGACCAGGACAACACUGAGACUUGCUUUUGUUCCCGAGAGACAUUUGAACGUGACAAAUGGAGCCAUACGUGGUCCGAGUACACUGUUGUCAUGCUUGUCUAAAAAAAAAAAAGAAAAAAAAGAAAAGCAAUACUGGUUCGAGUCUCUGUGCUGCUGCUAGAAGAUGCAUCUACCUGUACACUUGUUUAUAAAAGGCCAGGAACAGACAUCUGCAUUUUUAUUUUGUACAAACAACAUUGUGUUUAUAGCUAUAAAAUCCUAAAUGCACUGUAACAAAGUAUGAACGUUAUAGUUUGAGCUGAACCAUUCUAAUUUUUACAUUUGGUUACUACACAUACAGACACAUGAUCUGCAUGGUAUACAAUAAUAUUACAGGAGAACUUCAGACACUGACACAAAUACAGUACAGUAACAAUAUGGAUAUUAUUAUGUAAUAUUGUCUUAUUUCUAAUGCAAUUUCCAGCUUUGUUAUAACGUGGUCAUUUUAAUGAGGUUAUAUUACAGUAAUACCCAGAUAAUAACUUGGAAAUAACAAUUACCAUAACAUUACCACGUUGUUACUGUACUUUAAUGUUCAGUGUUACCAUAACUUCAGCUGAAAACUGAAUGACUCAUUAACACACACACAGGUUGCUUGACUACGUACCUCCUCUUACUGGUUACCCUGCAAGUAGAUUGCACAAAACAAAGGUUCAAUAAUACUUUAACUGAUACACUAGUGCUUGCACAAUACGCUCAUGUAAUUUCUGACAGAUUUCACACAAAAAAAAUUAAAUAGCAGCUUGAGGUUAUUUUUGAUCUCUGUCACCUUAAAGUGUAACUAAACCCCUAAAUCUUCCCAGUUUGGUGUUAAGAAUUGUAUAAUUUCAACAAGUUUUUAUAAGAAUAUCUACUGCCUCUCUGGUCAAACACCAGCUACUGCAUUCAAAUGUUGCCACUGGCUUUCUGAAGGCCCAUUUAUACUCUUUUGUUCGUUCAUGACUCACAAAAUGGAGCGAUACCACUGGACAUCUGUAGGGAGCAGUAUAGAGUCAAUUGUCCAAUCAGUUAGGAAAAUGACCAAAAACAAACAACCUACAGUUGCAGUGCACAAAUUUAAAACAUGCUGCAGGAGCUUUUUGGCCUAUUAUUAUCCCUGCAACCAGAGAACGGAGAGCGACUGCCAGGCGGUCUGUCUUUACUCACUCGCACUGUGGUUUAAUUCAAGCAAAACAAGUUGUCAAAAGUCGCGUAGGCGGACAUACAUAAAUAUGAGUGAUAUUUACUGAACUUAAGUAUCAAAACUCAUGAAAAUGGAGUAUAAAUGGGCCUUUAGUCCUCUUUCAUCACCCUCUUGUCCAACCAGCACGAGGCUUGUUGUCCCAGACUCCUCCCCCUUUUAAUAACAUCAGAGCUGUCGCUUUGUCACUGUUCUCUCUUCACCUCUUGAAGCACGUAUGAACGCUUGAGCGGCGAGACUCACCGAGCACAUCACGCAGCUGCAGAUUUUCACAACCAGACCACGCCCCCUCACCCUUUUCCCUCACAGCCCGCUGCUUGGCAUUUUUCUAAAUCAAGCACUGGUCAGAUUUAUCUUUGGAAGUAGGAGUUUAGUUACCCUUUAAGAGAAAUUACUUGUUACUAACUCAGGGAACUGAGGUUUGUGGCCUGGACGUACGACACUGGGGUUACUGGUCCUUUUUGAAAGCAGAAAUGAAUUUGUUGCUUUAAUAUAAAUAUAUAUAUAUAUAUAUUCCAGUUGUUGAAAUACCACUGGCUCUCUCAUCUUUGUUCAGAAAUGCUUGUUAUGUGCUUAAGGAUUUAAAACAGGGGCCUGAUUUUAUCCUGGUGUGUGGAUAAUCCCUGACUUGGCGUCUUAAAAAGCAUUGUUCUUCCAACAGGGAAUCCUGUAAUGACAUUUUUAUAACUAAAACUAAAACUUUGUCUUCCAACAACAUACACUCAGUACUCAGUACUUAAAACAUCAACUUCCUCUGUUGUUUGUGCAGUAUUUGUUACUUUAUCAACCACAAAGACAGGAAAUGUAGAAAAUGUUUAAUAAUACAUUUUGAAGGAAGGGUCAGGAUUCAUUUGUGGAGAAUUCACAUAAACCAAGUGAAGUUUGAAUAAGUUUAUAAAGUUUGAGUCCAGGAUACAGACAUAGAAAAUGAUUUGUGGAAAAAAAAAUCACAUAAAUAUUAAUGAACACACAUUUCCAACAUUUAUAAAUGAAAUAUCUCUAUAAAUGUUAUAUAAAAACACUAGCGUUCAUCAGCCUGAAGAGUGUAUCAAGGAUUUAAACAGGAUAUACCAGUUCCACUUUUUCUUUCCCAAUACUGAUACCACACGGUCAAUAUGACUUACUAAGUGCUCUUCUUUCCCAAUUUGAAAGCUGGAAGCAAAACUCAAUGAAUCUUAACUGACAGUGGAAAAAUACUUUUAAUGACUGAGAUGACUGUGACGCUGGUGUGGCCAAUACAUGACCCGACUUAAAAAGACUUAAAAGUGUCUGUAAGAUAAAAAGUCAUCUGGUAUAUCAGUUUUGGUACAUCCCUGAAAAACACCUGGUGAAGGCUAAUAAAUAUUCCCUAAAAACACGAUAAAACGGCUUCAGCUGACGUGACGGGGUUCAGUGCUAGUUAACAAAGCCUCAGACUUCACAACAAUGAUGUCUGAACACAGGCCUUUUUUUUUUUUGCAGCUUUAAGUCCCAAGGUUUGACUGCAGGAGUCAUUAUCACAGUACCGAUUAUUGCAGUUGCUGUUAAAGCUGUAGUGCGUAACGUUUAAAUACAAACAAAUGUCUGAUAAAAGUCUAUCAGCUCUU